AUAACGAAGACGUUCGGUCCGCCUGCUCGAGCAAGAGAACCAGUCAGCUGAGCGUGGACCGGUCCAUGGUAAGGUGCGGCCGGGCCAAGUUCUUCAAGAGGCUCUCCGUCUGCGACCUCAAGGAUGGCCACACGAUGGACCCGAAGGAACGCGUGUUCCUGGAGGCGGCCGAGAGAGGAGACAAGCAUACGAUGAUGCGAUGUCUCUCUCCUCCGAGCCCCGUUAACGUGAACUGCACCGACAUCCUGGGCCGCUCCGCCAUCCAGAUCGCCGUCGAUAAUGAGAAUGUGGAGAUUGUGGAGCUCCUCCUUCUGCAGGAGACGGUCAAGAUCGGUGAUGCUCUCCUCUACGCCAUCACGGAGGGUGUGUACAAGAUCGUCGAGAUGCUCAUUAACCAUCCCAGCAUCACUCCUGAGAUGCUGGCCAACGACUGGGUCAGAGUGCGUGCUGGCGGAGAGGAGUCAAGCGACUUUGACCCUAACAUCUCUCCCAUUAUCCUUGCUGCUCAUUGCAACCAGUUCGAGAUUCUUCAGCUGUUCUUAUCACGAGGGGCCUACAUCGACAAGCCACAUCCUCUGUCGUGUUCCUGUCGCCAGUGCACCGAAGGAUUUCACUCGGAUUCCUUGCGGUACAGCAUGAGGAGGAUUCACACCUACCGCGCCCUCGCCUCUCCUGCGUGGAUAUCGCUGACUUCUGAGGACCCAAUCUUGGCUGCUUUCAGGCUGUCGUGGGAACUAGAGCGCCUUGCAAGGGUCGAGAAUGAAUUUAAAGACACUUACCUGGAAUUAAGUGAACAGUGCAAGAAGUACACCUGUGAUUUACUCCACCAGUGUAGGUCGACAGAGGAGGUAAUCGCAGUACUCAACCGACGCAGCGAGGAAGACUCAGAUGUGUCAGACGACGAGGACGACCCUGAACGACUCAACCUGUCGAGACUCAAGCUGGCUCUCAAGUACGACCAGAAGCAGUUCGUAGCACACCCGAACUGCCAGCAACUCCUGACGUCCGUGUGGCACGAGGGACUCCCGAUCUGGCGCCGUCGGAAUGCAGUCGUGAAAAUCCUGCUGUGCCUCUCCAUCAUCAUUUGCAUGCCUGUUAUCGCUGUUAUCUACCUCAUCUUCCCGAGGACGCAGCUCGGGAGGGUCAUAAGGUCACCCUUCAUGAAGUUCAUCUAUCACAGCGCCUCCUUCGGGAUUUUCCUCCUGCUGCUCGUCCUGGCUUCAACGAGAACCGAAGGGAGCGAGAGACACCGCAGGAACAUCCGGGGACCUGCGCCAACGUUUGUGGAGUGGCUCAUCUUCUUCUGGGUCACCGGCAUGGUGUGGGCAGAAUGCAAACAGCUGUGGGAAGAGGGACUGACAGCCUACAUACGUCAGUGGUGGAACUGGCUAGACUUCAUCAUGCUGUCGCUGUACCUGUGCACGUUCAGUCUCAGAGCCGUGGCUUUUGUGCAGAUCACCACGAAUAAGUAUGGACCGAGGGAAGUCCCCCGUUCCCAGUGGCCCACCAACGACCCCACCCUCAUAGCUGAAGGAGUCUUCGCCGUCGCCAACGUCUUCUCCUUCGCCAGGAUCAUCUACCUGUUUCAGACAAAUCCUCAUCUCGGGCCGUUGCAGAUCUCGCUAGGAUGCAUGAUCAUAGAUAUCGCCAAGUUCCUGUUCAUCUUCUUCUUGGUGUUAACGAGCUUCGCCUGCGGUCUGAACCAGCUUUAUUGGUACUACGAUCCUCCGAGCAGCUCGUGUGACAUCUCAACGGGAGACGGCAGCUGUAGUGGCUCCGAUGCCUUCAACACGAUUGACAAGUCCUACACCUCCCUACUUUGGUCUCUGUUCGGCGUCAUACCCCUGAAAGAACUGUCAGCCCGCCAGGAUCAGCUGUUCACCGACAUCAUGGGUCAUUCUCUCCUCGGAGCCUACCUCAUCACGGCCAUUACAGUAAUGGUCAACAUGCUCAUUGCAAUGAUGAGCCGGUCUUUCCAGAUCGUUGAGGACCACGCGGACCAAGAGUGGAAAUUCGCGCGUUCGAAGCUCUGGAUGAGUUAUUUCGACCCCGGUUCGACUCUCCCGGCGCCCUUCAACCUCAUUAUCAGCCCGAAGGCGAUAUUCUACUUCCUCCGCGCCGUCAAGAGGUGCCUCCAGAGCAUAUGUUCGAGGCGUGGGCGGCGCGCAAGAGGCAAGAGGAAGAGCUUUUCCAUGGAGAAGGGGGCGUUGCAGGUAAUAACAGCGGUGCUGGGCUUCGUGGUUCGGAAGGUUUGGCUGAACUCUCUCUCUCUUCCUGGCGGUCCUCCUGUGAAAGUAAGCCAAGCCAACAAAUACGCGGAAGUGAUGCGCCGUCUCGUUUCCCGUUACAUCCACCAGACCAAGAAGCAGCAUCGCCAGGACGGAGUGAACGAGGACGACUUGUUGGAGAUCAAGCAGGACAUUUCGAGUCUGAGGUACGAACUCCGAGAAGACAGAAAACGGGAAACGGCACGAGCUUACGGCCAGAUGGACUCGAUCAAAAAAGACAUCUUGCGCCUCCUGAAGCAGAGUGGGCGUGGGUCAACUAGUGGGCGUGGCUCGGGAGGGAACAGUGGGCGGAGCGAGGCGGAGGGCGGGGCUGUAGGCGGGACCUCCACCAAUCCUAUCGUUGUGACCACGCCCCCUUCUGCUACGUGCCUUGCCUGUGCCCAGCAGACUGCGAACACUUCCGCCACCCCAGCGAUAGGCCUCGGCGCCCAAGGCAUCCUCCAGCAGCACUCCGUCGACCUCGGAAUGCUCGGGAGGGAACCGAACGCGACGUCCGUGGAUAUCACAGUCACCCCUGCGUCGUCUCUGCCUUGUAAUCUCACGUAUUCCCAGGGGAAUCUGACGGGGUGCUUGCUGGCGCCGCAGGAGAUGGACUACUUGAGGAAGGAGAUUGUGAGCAGUCUGAGGAGCGAGUUGCGGGAGAUGUUGAGGGACGCCCUCACUCGCGCCCUCACGCCCACCACUACGGUAGCGCAGCAGUACUAUUCUCCUACGCCCACGCCCAACCCCACGCCACAGUUCGUCACUACGCCCACAUCGCAGAUGGUCGCCCCGCCCUUCCCGUCGGCGCCCUCGCCCCAGCAGCAGCAGCAGAGGCGCCCGUCGACGCCCCAGCCCCAGGCCCUCCCGCCCAGCUCGAGCCCUCCGUUCCCGCCGGCUGUCCCUUCCACCUCCCAGAAUCCCGUCAUGUCCCCGCAGUCGCCCACGUCGCAGUUGCCCCUCUACACCCACAUCCGGGUUUCGGGGUCCCUGAGCGACCCCAUGGGCCAGCGGCAGGACCCUAUGGCGUUGUCGUCCUCGAGCGCAAGCACUUCGCCGAGGUCCAGCCCGGGGCCGCCCCCGCCGUGCCAGAGGUCCAACUCCAGCUGCGGACUGACUCAGCGGUCGCAGGGAGGAGCGCAGACCGUCAGUUCAUCAGCGAAGACAAGUGCCAACAACCAGGUUCUUCUCCGCCCACCCAAUGACUCCGACCGCGUACAUACACACAUGUACACACAGCUGCUGUGGAAGGCCGCACUGGGUUGGACUCCCGCAGGUCUCACAACUACAGCCAUCGAGAUUGACCUGUGUGUCAGUGGCUCUGAGGUGGAUGUUCAUGGCAUGCGUCUAGACCAGACACUCACCACGACUGCUUCGGGAGCGGCGGAGUACCAUUGUUUAGAGAAUCACACGCAUAUUUUGCACAUCCCUCGUACAGCUAAGCGGCAUCUUCGAGAAGCGUUGCGACUGUAUACAAUAUAG